AGGUAAGACAGACAGGCAUCAGAAGUCGCUUUGCAUUUCAAGCAGAUACAUUCUACAUUUAUUUAGUGAAAUAGUUAUUCUGUUACCAUGAAGGUGUUAGUUUUUCUAUUGGCCUUAUCAUGCGCUAUUGUGUAUUCGAGCGCUAGCUUGCCGCUUCCGAAGCAAUCGACUAGUCCUGCUCUAUUAAGUAAUCUACGAUCAUCUCAUCAAGCUGAAUUAAAACUCGAAGAACCCAGUGAAGAUUCGAUAAACUUCCAUGGAACGCAGCCUCUAGAUGAUCCGCAACCAACCUGGGAUUUUAAUACCAAUGCUAACAUACCUGGUGGUUUUCGAUUCAGGAGAGAAGCUCAGAAUAGAGGUUCGAUAAACUUCCAAGCAACACAGCCUCUAAGUGGUCCGCAACGUCAACCAACCUGGGAUCUUAACGCCAAUGCUAACGUCUUUAAUAAUGGACGCACAACGGCGGAUGUCUAUGGAGGAUUGGGUAAAACACCUGGCCAACCUGUACAACCACACUUCGGUAUCCAAGCUGAAAGAAAAUUUGGUAACAACGGUUUCAUCAGAGGUCAUACCCAGUUCCAACCAAAUCCAAGAGGCCAUGGACUUUCUCCUUCGGUUGGUGUAACUGGUGGCUUUCGAUUCAGGAGAGAAGCUCAAAAUAGAGGUUCGGUAACCUUUGAAGCAACACAGCCUCUAAGUGGCCCGCAACGUCAACCAACCUGGGAUCUUAACGCCAAUGCUAACGUCUUUAACAAUGGACGCACAACGGCGGAUGUCUAUGGAGGAUUGGGUAAAGCACCUGGACAACCUGUACAACCACACUUCGGUAUCCAGGCUGAAAGAAAAUUUGGUAACGACGGUUUCAUCAGAGGUCAUACCCAGUUCCAACCAAAUCCAAGAGGCCAUGGACUUUCUCCUUCGGUUGGUGUAACUGGUGGCUUUCGAUUCAGGAGAGAAGCUCAAAACGAACACAAUAGAGGUUCGGUAACCUUUGAAGCAACACAGCCUCUAAGUGGCCCGCAACGUCAACCAACCUGGGAUCUUAACGCCAAUGCUAACGUCUUUAACAAUGGACGCACAACGGCGGAUGUCUAUGGAGGAUUGGGUAAAGCACCUGGACAACCUGUACAACCACACUUCGGUAUCCAGGCUGAAAGAAAGUUUGGUAACGACGGUUUCAUCAGAGGUCAUACCCAGUUCCAGCCAAAUCCAAGAGGCCAUGGACUUUCUCCUUCGGUUGGUGUAACUGGUGGCUUUCGAUUCAGGAGAGAAGCUCAAAACGAACACAAUAGAGGUUCGGUAACCUUUGAAGCAACACAGCCUCUAAGUGGCCCGCAACGUCAACCAACCUGGGAUCUUAACGCCAAUGCUAACGUCUUUAACAAUGGACGCACAACGGCGGAUGUCUAUGGAGGAUUGGGUAAAGCACCUGGACAACCUGUACAACCACACUUCGGUAUCCAGGCUGAAAGAAAGUUUGGUAACGACGGUUUCAUCAGAGGUCAUACCCAGUUCCAACCAAAUCCAAGAGGCCAUGGACUUUCUCCUUCGGUUGGUGUAACUGGUGGCUUUCGAUUCAGGAGAGAAGCUCAAAAUAGAGGUUCGGUAACCUUUGAAGCAACACAGCCUCUAAGUGGCCCGCAACGUCAACCAACCUGGGAUCUUAACGCCAAUGCUAACGUCUUUAACAAUGGACGCACAACGGCGGAUGUCUAUGGAGGAUUGGGUAAAGCACCUGGACAACCUGUACAACCACACUUCGGUAUCCAGGCUGAAAGAAAGUUUGGUAACGACGGUUUCAUCAGAGGUCAUACCCAGUUCCAGCCAAAUCCACAAGGUCACGGACUUUCUCCUUCGGUUGGUGUAACUGGUGGUUUUCGAUUCAGGAGAGAAGCUCAAAACGAACACAAUAGAGGUUCGGUAACCUUUGAAGCAACACAGCCUCUAAGUGGCCCGCAACGUCAACCAACCUGGGAUCUUAACGCCAAUGCUAACGUCUUUAACAAUGGACGCACAACGGCGGAUGUCUAUGGAGGAUUGGGUAAAACACCUGGCCAACCUGUACAACCACACUUCGGUAUCCAAGCUGAAAGAAAAUUUGGUAACAACGGUUUCAUCAGAGGUCAUACCCAGUUCCAGCCAAAUCCAAGAGGCCAUGGACUUUCUCCUUCGGUUGGUGUAACUGGUGGCUUUCGAUUCAGGAGAGAAGCUCAAAAUAGAGGUUCGAUAAACUUCCAAGCAACACAGCCUCUAAGUGGUCCGCAACGUCAACCAACCUGGGAUCUUAACGCCAAUGCUAACGUCUUUAACAAUGGACGCACAACGGCGGAUGUCUAUGGAGGAUUGGGUAAAGCACCUGGACAACCUGUACAACCACACUUCGGUAUCCAGGCUGAAAGAAAGUUUGGUAACGACGGUUUCAUCAGAGGUCAUACCCAGUUCCAGCCAAAUCCACAAGGUCACGGACUUUCUCCUUCGGUUGGUAUAACUGGUGGAUUUCGGUUCAGGAGGGAAGCCGACUUUGAUGAAACAGAACUUACCGAAAAAUAUUAAAUCUUAAGCUGAUUAAAUCGUAGUUGUAAUGUAUAUGAUACAUAUAAAAUCGAUAAGAUACUAUCAUUUAAAAUUAUUUGUUUGUGAAUGUCACAUUUAUUUAUGUAUUAAGAGUUAUUAUCAUUUUAGAUUAUUGGGUUGACCGGAAAAUCCAUACCGAGUUUUUAGCAAAAUUCAAAUGCAGAAUUUUGUAUUAAUUGCGUUUAAAUUGUACUAAAAACAUCGGCACGAAUUUUUCGAUUAACCCAAUUUAUAUUUUAAACCUCUUUUAUAAAAUAUUAUGACAUAUGUGUAUUUGGCAUCCUUUAUUUAAA